AUGGAAACUGGACUAGAUGGAACCACGCUAGAAAUUAGGGAUGAUGUCCUUGCGCAGCUUUACAUCGUUAGGGACAGAUUCGAAGACGGAAGUGAAGGAAGUGCUAGAUUACAACACAAUGAUGGCCGAAGCUACAAUGUCCAUCCAUUUGGAAAUAAGGCUUUUCGAAUAGUCCGCGCAACAGAUGGGGAUCAUGUUGUGUACAUGACUUUAGAAUACCAUCCAACUGAAAGUGGAAAUCAGAGUGGUCUGUGUACAAUUUCAUCCAAAACCCGACAUCAUUGGUUGCUCGUGCUUCCAAGUACACGGGUUCUACGAGCUAAGGUAUUAUCAGAACAGAUAAUGUCAAAAGCAGCAAUCGACGCUGUGCUUUUGCGUAUCGCGAUCAUAAGGGAUCUUGGCCAUCAAUCCCUUUAA